GUUGGCUCCUCUCUGCUCACUGCUCGGUUGUGAUUUUCUCCCCGGAGGGGGAAUUUCUUGAUUUUUUCGCUCCUCGGUGGCACAGGGCGAGGAUGGAUGCUGCAUUGGCCGGGGUGCUCGUUACCCUCCUCCUCUCCAUCUUGUGGUUCCUGGUCUGGAGAACAGACAGGAAGAGAAACCGGCUGCCUCCGGGACCGGCCCCGUGGCCCAUUCUGGGCAACCUAUGGCAAAAGGAUGUCCUGCCCAUCUACAGGACCUAUGAGAAGCUGAGCAGCACGUACGGCCCCAUCUUCACCAUCUGGCUGGGGCUGAAGCCGGUGGUGGUGCUCUGUGGGUACGAAGUGGUGAGGGAUGCUCUGCUGGGCCACUCUGAGGAGUUUGGAGGGAGACCUGAAAUACCCCUUCUGAUGCAGCUAUCGAAAGACUACGGUUUCAUCUCCAACAACGAGAAGAAGUGGCGGGAGCUGCGGAGGUUCACGCUCAGCACCCUGCGGGACUUCGGGAUGGGGAAGAGCUCCAUGUCGCAGCGGGUGCAGCAGGAGGCCCAGCACCUCGUGAAGAUGCUGGCAAAACUCGAAGGAAACGCCUUUGAGCCGCUGACAAUGUUCAGACACGCAGCUGCCAACGUGAUCUGCUCCGUUGUCUUUGGGAGCCGUUACAGCUACAACGACACGGCCUUUCUGGAGCUACUGAACGUGAUCGGGAAUUACACCAGCUUCUUCCUCUCCCCCAUCGCCCUGGUGUACAACUCCUUCCCCAACAUCAUACACCACCUCCCGGGGCCACACAGGAAAGCCCUGGCCGAGUGCGAGAAGCUGAAGGACUACAUCCAAGAAAAAGUUGACCUUCACAAGCUGACGCUGGAUCCCAGCUGCCCCCGGGACUACAUCGACUGUUUCCUUAUGAAAGCGGAGAAGGACAAGAGCAGCCCGGAGAACAUGUACAGCAGCGAAGACUUGGUCAUGUCAGUAUUCAACCUCUUUGGUGCCGGGACAGUGACCACUAGCAACACCAUGGUCUUCUUCCUCUUGAUCCUGGCAAAAUACCCCCAUAUUCAAGCCAAGAUCCAAGAGGAGAUUGACGCGGUGGUGGGCACCGGCCGCGCUCCCAGCACGGAGGACAAGCUGAGGAUGCCAUACAGCAACGCGGUGAUCCAUGAGCUGCAGCGCUUCCAGAAGACCCGUGUUGAGAACUUCCCGCGGAUGACAACACAGGACGUCGUGUUCAGGGGCCACACCAUUCCCAAGGACACAACUGUUAUUCCGGUAUUUGCUUCCGUGCAUAUGGAUCCAACCCAGUGGGAGAACCCCAAAGAAAUCCACCCGGGCCACUUCUUGGAUGAGAAAAGCGAGUUCAGGAAGCGCGAAGCCUUCAUGGCUUUCUCGGCAGGGAAGCGGGUGUGCCCAGGAGAGGCGCUGGCCCGCAUCGAGCUCUUCCUUUUCCUCACCACGCUGCUGCAGAGCUUCACCUUCCAUCUCGCCAGCAAGUACAAGGAGAUGGAUUUAUUCUCCCUGUGGUUCGAGAUAGAGAAGAGGGCGAUACCGGGCAAAUUCUUUGCUAUUCCGCGUCCAGUGUCCUCUUAAGCCGAGACCAGCGGGGAGAAGGAAGGGCUCUUCCAGGCGCCUUCGCUUCUGAAAUGACAGCAAGCCACGCGACCGUGAAUGCUACGGCAGCAGCCACCAAGCAGGAGGGUCGCUUUGAGCUUCGAGCUUCUCCUCAGAGAACUGCCGGGCAUCUCUGCCACCAGCUCCCCGGGCAACCUGCUCCCAACCCUUCCCCUCCACAUCCCAGUAACAUGAGGAAGACAGCACUGGUUUUCCUCCCCCCAUAUCUAUAUGCUCUGACUGAGCCUCCAGCUCCUUGUGGCAGGGCUGCCUGUGACUCUCCCCGGGCUGAGCUGGGCGCUCCCUCACUUUGGUGAGAGAUUAAUCGCGCUUCUGCAAUAAAAAUCCCCAUUGUGACUGGA